CUCUUGGUGACUUUCCCCAGCCGAUGUCGUUAUCGCUAUAAACCACCGUUUGCUCGCUCGAUCGAUAUACUUUCUCCAAAGAGACACAUGACAAGAUCGUUGCGACGAUGAUCUCCGCGUCGACGUCGCAUCGCUGUGACAAUUCACGGUGGAGGAAGACAAGGAUAACGACUGUUCUUCCUGGCCGAGAGCCUGAUCGUCGAUUCUUUGCGAGGAUAAAUUUUUUUUCUCCCCUCCCCCCCCCCUCCCUCUCUCUUUCCUCUCUUUCUCUUAGUAUCUAAUCUAGUAGUCACAUUUAUGUAUCGUCCAUCGAGAACAAAAAAUUCAACUUGGUUGUUGAUUGGACCGAAAAAAAAAAAAUAGCGCGAUAUCUCGCUGGUAUCAUUUUUUUUCUGCGUCUCCUUGCAGAAGAAACCACCAUGUUCCUGCGAACACAAUUACCGUUCGACGACGACGCGCAAUCUAUGAAUCAUCGGCAACGACCGCGCCUCAUUUCUCACUCCUCGUCAUCGUCAUAGCGAGGAAAUUUUCGCAAAUGCGAUCGUGAUUGACGCGACCACAUCGUCGUGUCACUCGCUCGCGUUCGUUUUAACAUUCGCGACGUUUUAACGUUACUCUCUCCCUCUUCGGAAGCAGGUCUUCCAAGACCUUCAAACCGAAGAAAAAUAUUCCAGAAGGCACUCAUCAGUAUGAUUUGAUGAAACAUGCAGCUGCGACUCUGGGCUCUGGAAAUUUACGACUUGCGGUAAUGUUGCCCGAAGGAGAGGAUCUCAAUGAAUGGGUGGCGGUUAAUACCGUUGAUUUCUUCAAUCAAAUUAAUAUGCUCUAUGGCACCAUCACGGAAUUUUGUACAGAAGAGAGCUGUCCUAUUAUGUCAGCGGGUCCAAAAUACGAGUAUCAUUGGGCUGACGGUCACACAGUGAAAAAGCCAAUCAAAUGCUCGGCACCGAAAUAUAUAGACUAUUUAAUGACUUGGGUGCAGGAUCAAUUGGACGAUGAGACACUGUUUCCAUCGAAAAUUGGAGUUCCUUUUCCUAAAAAUUUCCUGUCGAUCGCAAAGACCAUCCUGAAACGGCUAUUUAGAGUGUACGCCCACAUCUAUCAUCAGCAUUUCACCGAGGUUGUACAACUUGGAGAGGAGGCACAUCUGAAUACGUCGUUCAAGCAUUUCAUAUUCUUUGUUCAGGAAUUUAAUCUCAUCGAAAGAAGGGAAUUGGCUCCGCUACAGGAAUUAAUAGAGAAAUUGACGGCGAAAGACGCGCGAUGAGGCUCACUUCCGCGCGAUAAAGCCACUCGCCGUCCCGAAACUUCUCCAAAGAAUCUCAACCAUGUUGUCUUCGCUAAUUUCGCACCGUAUAAUCGCAUUAUUUAAUCGAUUCAUUAAUCGCAACAAUCUAUCUCGAAGUAGAAAACGGCAGUGAAACGCCCUGGCUGCUCGAAUGACUAAUAAUGGACGUCUACGGCGUUCACUUUCGAAACUUUAUUUUGUCGACGUAUUUAAUGUAUUUUGUAUUAUGGCUUACACAGUCAUCGAAAGUUGACCGCUGAAUUAUGGUGAACGAAAUAUGUGUGAUGCUCUCUUCGUGAGACAACGUGUCCAUACCAACUGUUUAUUUUCAUCGCGCUCCCGGGAUCUCAGAACGGUCUAAAGACGUUUCAUAAUUUAUUGCGUCUUACUAACAACACCGCAGUUGGAUGCAAAAGAGAUAGAGAACGAGAGAAAUUGAAUCAAGUCGCUCGCGUCUCGCAGUACAAAGCAUCGGCGCACAUAGAUGCAUUUCGUAGAGAGCGUUUCUUGUUCUUCUGUGCGAACGAAACCUUUUGUGAGAUGCUCGGUUUCAUAGUUUUGUUAUUAUUAUUGUCGCUAUUAUUAGAUGUAAAAAAAAUUAUGUCGCUAUUAUAUAUGUAAAGAGAGAGAGAGAGAGUACACUAUCGUUUCAUACGGCUAUGUAACGGCAUAUCGUAUGGACGACGUAUAAUUUUACGUCCAAUGAUAGAACGAUGUUAUCGUUUCAAAUUAGCGAAUCUUUUUUUUUUUGUGAAAUAAGUGCAGUGAUUGUUGAUUAUAUAGAGCCGUUUGAAGUGUGAGGUUAACGUAACGUAUUAUCUUAAGGUAUUCUUCUAUAGCCGCUUAUAGAUUUAUUUAUACGACUAGUAUUUUUUAUAUUUUGUCUCUUCGUAAAAAGAGAGAGAGAGAGAAAGAAGUAAUCUUCGAAUCCCUCUUCACCAUAUCAAUAGCAAACUGUCUGCGUCGUCUUACUGCAAUUUUCUUCCAUGUUUCUCGUACAAUUUGUACAUUACAAAAAAAAACUACAUUUUAUUGUAUCCAAUCACACCGAUCGACCGUACACAAAGUUUGCAUCGUUUGACUAUUUCAAAAUAUUUUAUAAUUCAUUGAAAAACUAUGUGCGACUUUUCGUCGCGUUUUACCGUGUGUUGUAAAACUACAUAAAUUAUUGAUAUGGAUCAAUCAACCGACCAGCAUGAAUCGUUCGUUACUCAUCGUGUGUGCGUACGGAUUACUAGAACCUCUAGAUCUCGGAGGUAUUGGAGAAUCGUCGGUCAAAAAACUUGUAAUCUAACUGAUCAACCAAUUUGAAUCAAUAAACACCGAGCAUCGCUUAUAUUAUAUCCAUGUUAUGGGUGUGUAAAUUAUAACAUGGAUAUAAUAUAAUUGAUGUCUGAUGUUUAUCAGGCUUUGGUUUCCAUACCAUGUCGAUCGCUUCACGCGAUUUACUUACGCGAUUUACGACUUCUUCGAGUAGAGUAAUAAAUUCCAAUAAACAAACAUCUGUGUUAUAAUUUUCCACCCAACAAUAUUGAUGCAAUAUAUUAGCAUGUAUCAUGUUGAUAGUUAUAUUGUUGAGUGGGAAAUGAUAACAUUGUCGUUACUGAUGGUUAGUGAAUUGUUAGUAAUCUUCUAUCCGCAAUCUUCAAUACCUCAGUCCGAAAUUGAGGUUCGCACUGAGUUCGACCGAACGUCUCUUUCAGCAAAUUGGCGCGUAAAUGUGUACGAUAACGUAAGUCUUUAGAGAAAUACUGUGAAUCUUCAAAAAGGAAAACAUAUUUUUUUCAUUGCAGUAGACGUUAAGAAUUAAUCGUGUAACGCGCGCGCAUAUGUGUGCGCGCCGACAUAUUUUAUUAUAGCAAUUAAGAUAGUUAUUAAGUGUAAUGCGGCAUAAAAAGGUGAUUAAUCGGUUGCUAUCGUCGCCCCGAACAGAUGACGUAUUUACAACGCUGGAUAGAGACAUUGAUCGUAGAUCGUAAAAGAACAACUAUAAUAAUAAUGAUAAUUAUAAUAUUGUAUUCGGUACUUAAAAAAAAAAGAGGGUAACACUCGAAGCGAAAAGAGUUAGAAACUCCUGCGCAUUCUCUCCGCAGCCCUUUGUCGCAACGUGGAAUGACAGUCGCGCGCGCUCGCUGUUACAGAUUAUAUUUUUUUUUGGUCCCAAUCGUCGUGACGCUGAUCCAUGUAUUAUUACCGUACUCACUCGUGAUGUUUAGACGCUUCCCCUUAGCUAUUCUCUGUUUGUCCCUUUUUCUUCGAGCGACUUUCCGCGGCGCGAGUGCCUCAAAAUAUUGCGCGCGUGUGUAUGUAUGUGUGUAUGUCCGACAUGGUCGUGCGAAUCAAUACGAUCGAUUUGUUUCAUCCUGAAAUUGUUAACGAAAGUUCAAUAUCGGAAUAUUCGCGAGGAUAAAUGUUCGAGAUUCGUUAAUCCCGAAUAGAUUUAGUGGAACUUCGUUCGAUAUAAGUCACCAACGCGUUAAAAAAAAAGAAAGAGGGGAGGGGGUAUUUUCAAUCUUUAUUUUUCUCCGUUUGAUUAAAGGAAAAUAUGACGCGUUUGUCUUCUCAACACCGUUUCUCACCACCGACCUAUUGAGCGUUUGAGUUGGAAGUGUGCGAAAUAUUUGUUACGAUCAAACGAUUUUGCAAACUGAUCAAUCUGUUGUUUGUAAGGAACUACUGUAUGUAUGAAGUUCGUUAAAAAAAUCGAGGCAAGUAGACUGAUCGAUUAAGUCGAGGGUCGACGACUACGUCGAGCGCGUGUCUUAUAUCUUGUCAAGUUUUUCAUGUUUGUUUUGUUAAGCGACGAUCGUGUUGGAUUGGUUCGAGACGGCCUUUCGCGGAGGGUUCUCAGCGACCGUCUCCGCUCUCGUCUGAUAGUAACGCUAGUGAUAUCUCUGUGCAAUGUAAAUAAUAUUUUUCACAAUUAUUAAUCCGGGAACCUCCGUGCGAGAACUGCGGCGCGAAAUGUUUACAUAGUCCUGAAUAUAAUCUUGUAAUCUUUCUGUAAUAAAUAUCGCGUUUCUCGAC